ACACGCUCUUAUAAAGACAGCAGCGUUCACAGUCAGAGAUCGUCAGAGAAGUGGAAGCCAAUGAUUCCCAUAUGUCCAGUGGUCUCCUUCACCUAUGUGCCCAGCCGGCUAGGUGAAGAUGCCAAAAUGGCUACCGGCGGCAAUUAUUUUGGAUUUACCCACGGUGCUGCUGCGCAGUACAGUCAGCAGCCGGCCGCUGGAGUAGCCUACACCCAUCCAACCACGGUAGCCAGCUACACCGUGCAUCAGGCGCCAGUGGCUGCUCACACCGUAGCCGCGGCCUAUGCCCCGACUGCUGCCACCGUUGCUGUAGCCAGACCUGCACCUGUCGCUGUCGCAGCUGCGGCCACUGCGGCAGCUUACGGGGGGUACCAGCCUGCCCAUGCCACCACCGACUACGGCUAUGCCCAGCGCCAGCCUGAAGUGCCCCCACCACCUCCACCGGUCACAUCACAGAACUAUCAGGAUUCCUAUUCUUAUGUCCGUUCUUCAGCUCCAGCUGUAGCCUAUGACAGUAAACAAUACUACCAGCAACCCAUAGCUACAGCAGCGGUAGCAGCAGCAGCUGCCCAACCGCAGCCCACAGUGGCUGAGACCUACUACCAAACAGCCGCCAAAACAGGAUACAGCCAGGGUGCCACGCCAUACACGCAGACCCAGCAGACCCGCCAGGUUACAGCCAUAAAGCCAGCCACACAGAGUCCAGCCACCUCCACCUUCUCUAUCUACCCAGUGUCCUCCGCCGUGCAGCCAGUGGCAGCUGCAGCAGCUGCCGCAGCCUCCGUGGUCCCGUCUUACUCCCAGAGCCCUACAUACAGCACCAAUGCUGUUACAUAUUCAGGCACGUCAUAUUCAGGUUAUGAGGCAGCUGUGUACUCCGCAGCGUCCUCUUACUACCAGCAACAGCAGCAACAGCAGAAGCAAGCCGUCGCUGCUGCUGCAGCCACUGCUGCCUGGACUGGAAGCACAUUCACCAAGAAAACACCCUUCCAGAACAAAACACUUAAACCCAAACAGCCUCCGAAACCACCUCAAAUACACUACUGCGAUGUGUGUAAGAUUAGCUGUGCAGGGCCACAGACAUACAAGGAGCAUCUAGAAGGUCAGAAGCACAAGAAGAAGGAGGCAGCACUGAAGGUCUCUCAGAGCAGUAAUAGCAGCAGUGGUGGCAGCAGCUCGGCCCGCAGCACACAGAACCAGCUUCGCUGCGAGCUUUGUGAUGUUGCCUGCACCGGGGCAGACGCCUAUGCUGCCCACAUCCGUGGAGCUAAACAUCAGAAGGUUGUAAAACUACACACCAAACUCGGGAAACCCAUUCCUUCCACAGAGCCGAGUGUGGUGACGCAGACGUCCUCAUCCACCACUGCAGCUCCCAGUAAAACGGCCAGUGCUGCCAUCAGCAGUUCCACCAGCAGCACUGCGUCUGCCAUGAACGUGUCCUCCUCCACCGGCUCCGGUUCAUCCUACCUGAAACCUCUCGGCAACACUGCGGCCUCAGCUAUGCAGGGCAAGAGUCCUGCUCCCAGCAGCAUUUCCUCAACCGCAUCCACAAUCAAGAAAGUCAAUGCACCCAAGAUAAACUUCGUUGGGGGAAACAAAUUACAGACCACUGGUGUUAAGAUGGACGAGUCAAAAGUUGAAGCAGCCAAACCUGUACAGACCUCAUUAGGUGCACCGUCACAGGACGUUAAAAACGACGCGCCUGAUCCGCUGUCCCCUCAAUCAGCUCUCGCGGCUUUGCAGAGUGACGUUCAGCCUGUCGGCCAUGACUACGUUGAAGAGGUUCGGAACGACGAGGGAAAAGUCAUCCGGUUCCACUGCAAGCUGUGUGAAUGCAGUUUUAACGAUCCUAAUGCAAAGGAAAUGCAUCUUAAAGGGAGGAGACAUCGUUUGCAAUAUAAGAAAAAAGUGAACCCAGACCUUCAGGUGGAAGUGAAGCCCAGCAUUCGAGCCCGGAAGAUCCAAGAGGAGAAGAUGAGGAAACAAAUGCAAAAGGAAGAAUACUGGAGACGCCGUGAAGAAGAAGAGCGCUGGAGGAUGGAGAUGAGGCGCUAUGAGGAAGAUAUGUACUGGCGACGAAUGGAGGAAGAGCACCACCACUGGGAGGAAAGACGUAGGAUGCCCGAUGGAGGCUAUCCGCAAGGUCCACCUGGACCUCCUGGUCUGCUUGGGGUGAGACCUGGAAUGCCCAUCCCACAGCCGCAAGGCCCUGUGCCCCCACGGCGCCCUGAUUCUUCUGACGAUCGUUAUGUGAUGACCAAGCAUGCUGCUAUUUACCCCUCUGAAGAGGAGCUCCAAGCCAUUCAGAAGAUUGUGUCCAUCACCGAGCGUGCCCUCAAGCUUGUAUCGGACAUCAUUACUGACCAAGACAAGGGCAAAGAAGAGGACAAAGACAAGAAAGAGCCUCCCAAAGACAGAGCACUGAAGGGAGUGAUGAGGGUUGGUGUUCUGGCUAAAGGACUGCUCCUGCGUGGAGAUAAGAAUGUCAACCUUGUUCUCCUUUGCUCUGAGAAACCCAGCAAGAGUCUGCUGUCACGCAUUGUAGAGCACCUUCCUAAACAACUCGGACUCGUAACACCAGAGAAGUAUGAGGUGAAGGGCUCGGUCCAAGAAGCUGCAAUCAUCUUGACUUCCUGCGCUGAGCCCAAGAUGCAGGUGACCAUUACGCUGACCUCGCCAGUCAUCAGAGAGGAGACCCCUCGGGAUGGAGAUGUAACCUCGGGUAUGGUGAAAGACCCAGCGGACGUCUUGGACAGGCAAAAAUGCCUUGACGCUCUGGCUGCCCUACGCCACGCUAAGUGGUUCCAGGCUAGAGCCAAUGGACUCCAGUCCUGCGUGAUUGUUAUUCGUAUCCUGCGUGACCUUUGUCAGAGAGUACCCACCUGGUCUGCUUUUCCAAGCUGGGCCAUGGAACUGCUUGUGGAGAAGGCAAUCAGCAGCGCCUCUGGACCGAUGAGCCCUGGUGAUGCACUGAGACGAGUCUUUGAAUGUAUUGCCUCAGGCAUUCUGCUCCCUGGUGGCCCAGGGUUAAUGGACCCGUGUGAGAAGAAUCCAACAGAUACCCUGGGUGCUAUGGAGGAGCAACAGAGAGAGGAUAUAACGUCUAGUGCCCAGUUUGCCCUUCGGCUCUUGGCGUUCCGUCAGAUCCAUAAGGUUCUAGGUAUGGACCCCUUGCCUCAGUUGAACCCACGCUUCAACGUGAGGAACAAUCGCAAGAGGAGGCGUGACAACAGCGAUGGCACAGACGGCUUUGAGGGUGAGGGGAAGAAGGACAAGAAGGAUUUUGAUGGCUUCUAAGCUUCUAAGCAAGCUUCACAGGCUCACCCAUAUCUUCUUCAAAGUCUCUGUAUUCCAGUGGUGCAAAAGCUGAUUUCUGUAGGUCUCUGUGCAUGCUUAUUGCUGCGCAGAAAGAAUAUUCUGGCUUAUAACAAGCCUGUUCAUUUAGCAUCUUAAUGGCUUCCAUUAAGUUGGCUUCUAGUGCCCAUAAACGACCUACGAAGGCAGCUUGGUCAAUGUUAAGCGUCAUUUCAAAAGCAUAAUUAUUCACUAAAAUAUUUAACGCACAGAAUUGUUUUGAUGAUGUAAAAGAGCCUGUAACGGGAUAGAUUAUGUGCUCUAAUCAUUUUAUGUUAUUGAAAUGAUUUAUGUUAACAGAUUUUGUUUGUGCCGACUGCAAAUCACGAUAUUUAUACACUCCAGAAAUACUCUUCUAGUCUAGGAGGUGUUUAACAUAUUUCAAGGUAAAAUGGACCUAUAGGACACCUUUUUAUAAGUAUGAAAUUAUUACUACUACAUCUAAUAAAACGGGUUCUGCUGCAUGCAGAAGGUUUUGGGUAUGUCUUAAAUUACUGAAGAGGAAGUAUGUUGAGAUUUGUACUAAAUCUGAAAUAAUCUCUUGGUAUGUCCUAAGGUAGCAUGUAAGGCAUGUUUUGGUGGUUGAUUAAGGCGGGGGGGGGUACACAAUAGAAAAGAUUUUGUUAUUGCUGCAUUUUAAAAUUACAAUCUAAAAAUUUAACCAUUGCUUAAGCUUAGCUGUGUGACAUGGGUUUUUUUUUUUUUUUUUUUUUAAAAGAUGUAUAUUUUUUUUGUUUUGAACGGAGACAUUCCUCAUAACCACAAAUCCUAAGCUAAACUGUAACCCAUUCAUUGUGUUGUGAUGAAUGGUGACUGGGCAUUGGAGUAUAAAUCCUUGUGUUCCACAGAGCUAAUACAAACCCGCUGGUUCCCUUUGAGCCACUUGUAAUGUACAUCUUUUGGCUAUACAUUAACGUCAAGUAGGAAAAUAUGUCCUAAUUCUGUUAUGCAUAAUGCAAGUGGGGUGAAGCUGAGCUUGUUUAAAGGCUAUUCUGCUAGUGUAUUCUAAUGUUCACAAGCUUCUGUUGCAUUGCUCUAAGAUGCUGAUCUCUGAAAGCAGACUUGGGCCCUGUACAAAUGUGUUUCCCUCAUUCACAGUGGUCCCUAAUUCAUUUCUAAACUAGGUGAUUGCAUUGAUUUUUAAAAAUUCUUCUUUUUUUCUUUUUCUUUUCUUUUUUUUUUUAAAGAAAUAACCACAUCAUUUAUGUGAACAUGUCCUUUUCAUCAGUGGUUCUAGAUUUGCAAAGGAAAUCCCAUGCAUCGAGGAACGCGUUAAAGCCUGUAUUUGAAGCAGAGGCCACUUAUUUGUAAUGGGCCCAAGUCUGCCUAACAUUUGUGUUCAUAGUGCUGUAAUCCCUAAAUAUAUGUACAUAUGCAUAUAAUCAUAUGUAGCUAUGUGUAGGCUAUGUUUGAUCUUUAAUAUAUGAGCAUAUAUCUAAUCUUGCAAUAGCGCUUCAAGAAAUUGUAUAAUUUUAUGGAAGCAUGGCAGUGUUCCAAGUUUUGAUUUUGUUUUUAUUGUUUUAUCUGUUUAGAUGAGCAGCUGCUUGCUCUUCACUUUUGUUUAACUAUACAUUGUUUGUUCAACAACAAAAAAAAAUCUAUUCAAGGGUGAAAAGCUGGGGAAAGUGUUGAUUCUGUGUUUGUAAUUGCAGGUGUAGAUUUAUCCUUUCAGUAGCCUUUCAUUCACUGUCAUGGUACUACUGCGUAACAAUAGACAAUAAAAACCUUCACAGAA